AUGCGGCGACCCCAGGGCCUCCAUGGCGAUGAAGUCGAUUUUGAAAACACGUGGGCCACGAUCGAAGCUGCCUUCCGCGAGAUCCACACCAAGAACGCCUCGAAGCUCUCCUACGAGGAGCUGUACCGCCACGCCUACCGCAUCGUGCUCAAGAAGAAGGGCCAGGACCUGUACAACCACGUGCACGACUUCGAGCGCAAAUGGCUGAGCAGCGAGGUGCGCGCAGUCAUCCAGCAGAUGCUCUCGCCCAACCUCCUAGCCAACGCGCAGAGCCUCGGUGGAACAACGGCGAAUGAGCGACGUGUGGCGGGCGAGAAAUUCCUGAAGGGGCUCAAGCAGGCAUGGGGCGACCACCAGGUAUGCAUGAGCAUGCUGGCAGACGUGCUCAUGUACAUGGACCGUGUCUACUGUACAGACCAUCGCCGACCGUCGAUAUUUAACGCUGCCAUGGUCCUGUUUCGCGACGAGAUUCUGAACUCGCCCGUCUCCACCAUGGAUGCCCGCGCAAUCCUGGGUCUGCUGAACCACGUUGUCCUCGAUCAGAUCCAGAUGGAGCGCGACGGCGAUGUCAUCGACAAGCACCUCAUCAAGUCUUGCGUAUGGAUGCUCGAGGGCCUGCACGAGGACGAGACCGAGUCAGAAGAGCAGCGCCUGUACAACGUCUCGUUCGAGAAGGAAUAUCUAGAGACCAGCAGGACCUUCUACAAGACCGAGUCGGAGCUUCUAUUGCGCGACUCUGAUGCAGGCGCAUACUGUAGGCAUGCGCGACGGAGGAUCUACGAGGAGGACGAGCGUUGCAAGCAGACACUAUCAGAGAGCACCGGGCCCAAGAUUCAAAAGGUCGUGGAAGAUGAGCUGAUCAAGAACCGGAUACACGAGCUGGUGGAGAUGGAGAGCGGCGUUCGAUUCAUGAUCGAAAACGACAGACUCGACGAGUUGAAUUUGGUCUAUGACUUGAACAAGCGAGUGGACGAGAAGAAGGAGGAAGUUACGCGUGCUAUACAAAAGCGCAUCGUGGCUAUGGGUACCGACAUCAACAACGACGCCAUUGCUGCAUCGCAAGCCACUGCGCCGGCACCAGCAGCCGACUCUGCAGACAAGGGCAAGGGCGCCGCGCAAGAGAAGCGUAUAAACCAGCAGACAGUCGCUGCGAUCAAGUGGGUCGAAGAUGUCCUCGCGCUGAAAGACAAGUUCGACAAGAUCUGGAAAGAUUCAUUCGAAUCGGACGGUCUUUUACAGCAGGCUGUGACCAGGAGCUUCGCUGACUUCAUCAACUCGCCGAACUUCCCGCGAUCUUCCGAAUACAUCUCCCUCUUCAUCGACGAGAACAUGAAGAAGGGCAUCAAAGGCAAGACAGAAAUGGAAAUCGAUGUUGUGUUGGACAAGGCAAUCAUCCUGUUGCGAUACGUCCAAGACAAAGAUCUCUUCGAGCGAUACUACAAGAAACAUCUCUGCCGACGACUGUUGAUGAACAAGUCAAUCAGCAACGAAGUUGAGAAGCAGAUGAUUUCUAAGAUGAAGAUUGAGCUUGGAAACAACUUCACACUCAAGCUGGAGGCCAUGUUCAAGGACAUGACGAUAUCGGAAGAGCUCACUGCUGGCUUCAAAAAGCAUGUCGAGGGUCUCGGAGAAAAGGAUCCAAAACGCAUCGAGCUGGCCAUCAAUGUGUUGACAAGUAUGACUUGGUCACUCGAGACUAUGGGUGGCGCAGCCGACGAUGAAGAGGACAAGCGACCACGAUGCAAUUUCCCAGUCGCAGUGGAGAAGAUCAAGCGCGGAUUUGAGAAGUACUACAACACAAAGCACCAAGGACGACAGCUCACAUGGCUCGCCAACAUGGGUUCCGCGGACAUCAAGGCCGUAUUUCCCAAGGUGCAGCAGAAGGACGGAUCAUUUAAGGAGCGCCGACAUGACUUGAACGUAUCGACUUACGGCAUGGUGAUCUUGCUUCUAUUCAACGAACUGAGCCCGGGUCAGUAUCUGAGCUUUGAAGAGAUCCAGGCCCAGACGAACAUUCCUCGUAACGAUCUGAUCAGAAAUUUGCAGUCGCUUGCGGUCGCCCCAAAGACGCGUAUUCUAGUCAAGGAGCCCAUGUCCAAGGAUGUAAAGCCUACUGACAAAUUCUCGUUCAACGAAGGCUUCAGCGGGAAAUUUGUGAAGAUCAAGGUCGGCGUCGUUAGCAGCGGGAAUAAAGUCGAGAGCGACCGGGAACGACGGGAGACAGAGAAGAAGAACGAUGAUUCGCGGCAGUUCUGCAUCGAGGCUGCAGUCGUGCGGAUCAUGAAACAACGCAAAGAGCUCUCCCACCAGCAGCUCAUCAUCGAGACGCUCAACCAGCUGGUCGGACAGUUCAAGCCCGAAGUCAACAUGAUCAAGAAGCGCAUCGAGUCGCUUAUCGAGCGCGAAUACCUGGAACGCGUCGAAGGCGCAAAGGUCGACUCGUACCGCUAUCUAGCGUAG